AUGGCACCAUUAACAAGAAUCAUACAGAACCAUGCAGAAGAAGUAGAUUGCAAUCACUUGAUUCCACCACUAUAUUUCCUAGAUGACCAGUGGGUAGGACUAGCACCAAAUCCAACGGUUUCUACCCCACCCAAGCAGUUAGCCAUAGAAGCAGAACCUAAAUUGGUGUUUUCUCCAAUCCAACCAGUAGGCGCCCAGGGCCUAUACAUCCAACAAAAAAUAACGGAAGCUCAACGAACUCUAACAUUUAGAACCGAGCAAAAAGCUGUACAAAAUAUAUUCAAACGACGAGCAGCAGGAAUGGAAGCAAAUAGUCAAGGGUACUCCCUAUCAAACAUGUUCGAAGCUGUAGAAAUUAGGAGAUUAGCACAAUCAACCAUCAAAGAAUUAUGGGGAUGGUUUUCUGAAAUUGGAACAUUUAUGAGUGGCCUCAUAGGGUUCUAUUGUGUAUUCAAAAUAAUACAAUAUACUUUAGGGGUAAUACUAAAUGGCUUGCGCAUCUAUCAAACUCUAGGAUGUGGCAUAGUCAUACUAACGAGUGUAUGGAAUACCCUAACGUCUUGGGUCAUACACACAAAACAGAGAGAAAAGACUCUCAACCCAGAAGAAGUGAAGCUGGAAACAAUAACAACCUCCCAACCGGGACCAUCAAGGGCCUUAACAGAAGAACAAAUCGCGACGCGAGAUCAUAAAACAAAAGAAAGCAUAGCGCUAGCUUGUCUGGUAGAAAUGUGUUUACGAAGAAGAAACACUCCCCUUCAAUGGGUGCUAACUCAGUUGAGGGCUGCAAUGAAUAUUAUGCUACAAACUUAUGCUGAAAAGGAUGGUGCUUCUACGCAGCAAAAUAUCGGAAGCAAAGGCUCACCUAACCUACGCAAUCAACUUGGAACAUCUGAGGAAAAAACAUUAACCACUACAUGUAUCGAACUUUCUAGGCGUGAUCGAAAAUUGUUGAGUAGAAGACGCAUGUUAGAUGCUAUUAGAAGAAGAUUAGGUGUCAAUAUCAGUUGGAACAGAAUUAAACUGUUGCGAAAAGGUAACCGACCCCAGAAAGGGACAGUUAGGAAUCCAAAAAUUACACCAACCAUUAAGAUAAGUAAAUCAUGGUUUACUCCUGAAAAAAGGAGAGAUGGGAAGAAGAUUAGAAGGCCAUCUGUAAAGAUGACGUAUGAGAGAUUCUCUCCUCACCCUGAAAAUAGUGACCUCUGUUUAGCACCUCGUUAG